AUGGCUUCAAAUAAAAAUGGUUUGACAGAAACCUCCAAAACAGAUAAUGGUAGUGAUAAAUUAGUUGCUUCGUCUGAAUGGAUAUCUUUAACUGACGAUAAUGGGAUAAAAAAGCGUAUAAUAACAAAAGGAACCGGGCCAGAAUUACCUUCGCGUUCUUUCGUGGCAGUACAGUAUAGUAGCUGGUUGCUGACGAAAAAAAGUAAGGGUGAACAUGAAAUAUUGACGGAAACGUUGAUUGAAUCAACAGAGGAUAGAUAUGGAACGCCAUUUACUUUUCAACUUGGUUCAGGUCAAGUGGUUCAUGGGUUGGAUGAAGCAGUAAAAACCAUGUUUGUUGGCGAGAAAUGUGAAAUUUCAUUGACAUCAGAAUAUGCCUAUGGGAAAAUUGGAUAUCUUCCAUUCAUUCCUCCUAAUGCCGAUCUAAAGUACGAAGUAGAAGUAUUAAGAUUCACCGAGCAACCAGUAAAACGCAAGCUGCUCAGACUGACAAAGUUAAAACAGGAAGGCAAUGAAUAUUACAAAAAGAACGAUUCUAUACGAGCAAGAGAAUACUAUCAAAAAGCCCUCGGAAUCAUUGAAGACGAAGCAACAGAAUAUGCACAAGAACCAUCAAAAACAGAUGCAGAUGCGGCUGUAACUGUAACUGAAGCAUCAGGAUCAAAAAUAUCGAAAAGACUCAUAAACAAAGAAUUUCAAGAAUUAUUUGUUAUUCUGAAUUCUAAUACUGCUGCUUGUUUUUUAGCAGAACGAGAUUUCUUUGGUGCGAAAAAACACUGUAAAGAAGCUCUCGAACAAGACCCCAAUAAUGUCAAAGCACUCUACAGACUUGGUCAGGCAUUCCUCGGAAUGAAUGAGUUCGAUGAAGCGAUUAAACAAGUAGAUCAAGGACUAUCGAUUGCACCAAACGAUAACUCGCUUAAAUUGUUGAGAGAAAAAAUUGUGUCUGCAAGAAUUCAAUCCGAGAAAAAAGAAAAGAAUAUGUAUAUCUUACUGACAAGGUUGAUUCCAAUUCAGUUACCAAGAAUAACAACACAAUCACCACUACUACCACGAACGCUGGUCAUGUCAACUCUUUCUACUCCUAACGUGUCUAAACGAUCAAUUAUUGAAAAUAAAGAGCUUAGUCGAUUACCAACCGAUAUCAAAUUCUAUGCGGUCUUAGUUGGUGGUGCUCUAGCUAUUGCUACCAUCGGGGCUGGCCUUUAUUACUAUAUCAAUUCAAGGUCACCCCGUCCCAAAUCGAGCAAGAAAGAACAAUCAAUCACUCCAUGGGAAGUAGAAGGAGCGGUCAUUGACGGAAAACCGCAAGCCAUAAAUUAUGAUAAGCUAAUUGAGCAGUUUGGUACAAAACCGAUAUCUAAUGAAUUGUUGACAAGGCUAGAGAACUUGACGGGAAAAAAACCACAUCUUUUGUUGAGGAGGGGUGUGUUUUUCUCACAUAGAGAACUCGAGAAUAUUCUUAAUAAAUAUGAACAAAAGAAACCGUUCUUUUUGUACACUGGUCGAGGACCAAGCAGUACAAGCAUGCAUCUUGGUCACAUGAUUCCAUUUGUGUUUUGCCAGUGGUUACAAGAAGUAUUUGAUGUUCCUCUGGUGAUUCAAUUAACAGAUGACGAAAAAUUCCUUUUCAAAACUGAUUUGACACUCGAUGACGCACACAAAUUUGCAUUUGAGAAUGCUAAAGAUAUUAUUGCGUGUGGUUUCAACCUGGAGAAAACUUUUAUUUUUUCAGAUUUUGAUUAUGUUGGCGACUGUAUUGGAAAACUUCAUUUCGUGGCAAUCCAAGCUGCUCCUUCCUUUUCAAACUCAUUUCCACAGAUAUUUGGCAAGAAAAGUGAUAUCCCAUGCUUAAUUCCUUGUGCUAUUGAUCAAGAUCCAUACUUUCGAUUAACCCGUGAUGUAGCUCACAAACUCAAAUACCCAAAGCCAAGUUUAAUCCACGCGAAAUUUUUCCCGGCACUUCAAGGGCCUCAAACUAAAAUGUCAGCAUCGAUAGACAGCUCGGCGAUAUUUCUAACAGAUACAGCCAAUCAAAUAAAGAAAAAAGUCAAUAAAUACGCUUUUUCAGGAGGCGGUGACACUCUGGAACUACACAAACUAAAUGGUGGAAACCCAGACAUCGAUGUUGCCUAUCAGUAUUUAACAAUGUUUCUAGACGACGAUGAUGAAUUGGAGGACAUAUAUAAAAAAUACAAAUCUGGUGAGUUGAUGACUGGUGAACUAAAAGCUAAAUGUAUUGCAGUCCUCCAAAAAUUCGUGGGCGAUUUUCAAAAGCGUAAAUCUGAGAUAACUGAUGAUCUGGUCAAGCAAUUCAUGAACCCAACUCGUAAAAUUGUAGUCAAUGAUUUGGAUGGGAAAUCUAAGAUAAAUGAUGACCCAACUCGUAAAAUUGGGAAAUCUGAUGAUCAAGUUGAAAUUUUACCGGAAGUCAAAAUUAGCGAAUCAUAA